AUGAGUUCAGGGUCAUAUUUCACACACCUAUUAGGGGUUGAUGUUGAAGAGUCUCAAGAUCUUUCGCCUACUACACACACACCCCCUGAUCAUGGUCUUGCUGCAUCUAAAGGAUCACAGGGAAGAACAAAAAAUUUCAAAGAUGAAGAGGACAGACUUCUUGUGUCUGCUUGGCUAAAUGUGGGCAUGGAUCCUAUUCAAGGAGUUGCUCAACCACAAAGCUCCUUUUGGUCAAGAAUUCAUGAUUAUUACCAUGCUAACAAGUCAUUCCAGUUAGAUCGUACACAAGGUUCUUUAAUGCAUCGUUGGUCGGCUAUUCAACAUGAUGUGAAUAUUUUCUGUUCAUGUGUCAUCAAGAUUCAGAAUAGAAACCAGAGUGGUUGCUCAGUUGAUGACAAGAUUGCAAGCGCAUGUGCACUGUUCAAGGAAGAAGACAAGAAGCACAGGAACUUUGCCUUUAUGCAUUGCUGGAGAAUUCUGAAGGACAAACCCAAGUGGAUAGAAAGAUGCAUGCAAAAUAGUGGAACAACAACAUAUAGUAAUAAGAAACAGAAGACAAAGUUUGCAGCAGCAACAGCACAAGAUGCUUCAAAAAGACCGGACGGAAAGAAGACGGAGAAAAAGAAGUUACAUCAACGUUCGACCAUCGAAGCAUUGGACUAUCUUGUGGCAAAGAUGAAAGAAGCUGAUGCUUAG